GCUCACUCUGUAUUUAGGUUGGACUAUAUGUCUCUAUCUAGAUCAUAGUCAAUGAUUGGAAAUUACAUUGACGUGAAAUUAAUCUUAUUGGCAGGCAAACUAUUUCUGUUUCAUGUUCCGUUAACGAAACCAAUCGGUGCCUUGAUAUUUCGUAUUGAGCGUAGUAUGCGCUUAAGCGCAUAUUUGAACAUACCGUUUUUCUGUCCAAAUUUUUAUGUGAGUGGGAACGACUGGUUAGUGUGGAAGUCAUAGUUAACACGUAGCCGGCGUUUGACGUGUCUUAGCCUCCUAGCCUAGGCUUAGUGAUUUGGUAAUUUGUUGCGGACCGCUUGAUUUGCAACGUGCCGGAUGGAAACACACGUAAAUAUGUUUCUGGCAAAUGUCUGGUAGUAGUUGACGAAAAUAUUUUCCAUUGCGUUCCUAAAUUUCAAGGAAAUAUGUUGCCAAAUAGAUCGUCCACGACAAAUAAUAGAAAAGAUAUGUUUCCCGAUAAGAAAACGACUUCCAAGCAAAUGAAGAGCUCCACGUUAACGAAUGCCGCUGGUCUUAGUUCCCUCAUUACAUUUACUGUUCUGCUACUGGCUUGGAUAUCAGGAUUUGCCUCUAGGCUAUUUGCAGUAAUACGUUUUGAAAGUAUCAUACAUGAAUUUGAUCCUUGGUUUAACUAUAGAGCAACAGCGUAUAUGGUUCAACAUGGAUUCUAUAAUUUCUUAAAUUGGUUCGAUGAAAGAGCUUGGUAUCCGUUGGGUCGUAUUGUGGGUGGAACUGUUUAUCCUGGGUUAAUGAUCACUUCUGGAUCGAUACAUUACAUAUUACAUUCUUUAAAUAUCCCAGUGCAUAUAAGAGACAUUUGUGUAUUCCUAGCUCCAAUUUUUAGUGGCCUUACUGCCAUUUCUACGUACUUAUUAACAAAGGAAAUAUGGAGUGUUGGAGCUGGUUUAUUUGCAGCAUGCUUCAUUGCAAUUGUACCUGGUUACAUUUCAAGAUCCGUGGCAGGAAGUUACGACAAUGAAGGCAUAGCUAUAUUCGCUUUGCAAAUCACAUAUUAUCUAUGGGUCAAAUCAGUCAAAACUGGGUCCAUCUUCUGGGCUUCUAUGACUGCUUUGUCCUACUUCUAUAUGGUAUCAGCAUGGGGCGGUUAUGUUUUUAUCAUUAAUUUAAUACCAUUUCAUGUUUUCGCACUGCUGGUUAUGAAUCGAUUUAGUAAUCGCCUAUUCACUAGUUAUACCACAUUUUAUAUACUGGGACUUCUCUUAAGUAUGCAAAUACCAUUUGUUGGUUUUCAACCAAUAAGAACAUCAGAACAUAUGGCUGCAGGAGGUGUAUUCGGUUUAUUAAUAUUUAUAGCAACUCUCAGGUAUUUGAGAACUGUACUUACAAAAUCUGAAAUGAAGUACUUUGGAGGAGUAGUUGCAGUCACAGCUGGUGUUCUUCUUGUGAUUUUAAUCUGUUUGACUUAUGCUGGCAUUAUCGCACCUUGGAGUGGAAGAUUUUAUUCAUUAUGGGAUACUGGUUAUGCAAAAAUACAUAUUCCAAUAAUAGCAUCUGUGUCUGAACAUCAACCUACAACAUGGUUUAGUUUCUUUUUCGAUUUGCAUAUUCUUGUUACCACAUUUCCUGUAGGCCUUUGGUACUGUAUUAAGCAUAUUAAUGAUGAACGUGUUUUUGUUAUUUUAUAUGCCAUAAGUGCUGUUUAUUUUGCUGGAGUAAUGGUGAGGCUUAUGCUCACAUUAACACCUGUUGUUUGUAUGCUUGCUGGUGUUGCAUUCAGUGACCUUCUUGAGUUAUUCUUCAAAGAGGAAGACAGUGAAAGAAAUGAUCGGAGUAGCAAUGCAAGCGAAGAAGAAAGUGAGGAAGAAAGAGAGAGAAGCCCUGGUAGAGCACUGUAUGACAAAGCUGGUAAACUUCGUAGAAUGAAACAUGAGCGACCUAGAGGGAAUGGCGAUGGUUUAGGCAUUAAUCUUCGAAACGGAGUUGUCAUUGGUGCAUUUAUGUUGAUGAUGAUGUUUACUUUGCAUUGUACUUGGAUUACAAGUAAUGCAUAUUCAAGUCCUUCGAUUGUUUUGGCAACAUACAGUAAUGAUGGCGGUAGAGCCAUAUUAGAUGAUUUCAGAGAAGCUUACUAUUGGUUGGCACAAAAUACACCUAUUGAUGCCAGAGUUAUGAGUUGGUGGGACUAUGGUUAUCAAAUUGCUGGAAUGGCUAACAGAACUACACUUGUGGACAAUAAUACUUGGAAUAAUUCUCACAUAGCUCUGGUUGGGAAAGCCAUGAGCUCAAAUGAAACUGCUGCCUAUGAAAUUAUGACCUCUCUAGAUGUAGAUUAUGUAUUAGUUAUUUUUGGAGGCAUGAUUGGAUAUUCUGGUGAUGAUGUUAAUAAGUUCCUCUGGAUGGUACGAAUUGCUGAAGGUGAACAUCCACAGGAAAUUCGUGAAAGUGAUUAUUUCUCUGAAAAGGGAGAGUUCCGUGUGGAUUCUGAAGGUUCACCUACUCUUUUAAAUUCAUUAAUGUACAAGUUAAGUUAUUAUCGUUUCGGAGAAAUUAAGAUGGAUUAUCGGACGCCUUUUGGUUAUGAUCGUACACGUAAUGCAGAAAUAGGAAAUAAAAAUUUCCAAUUAACAUACUUGGAAGAAGCUUAUACCACUGAACACUGGCUUGUUAGGAUUUACAGGGUGAAAAAACCAAAUGAGUUUAAUAGACCUAGUAUUCCAAUAUCUAAACGAGUUGUUGCACGUAAUGCCAAUUCAUAUGUCAGUAAAAAGUUGAAGUUGUGGGGGGUUGGAUAUUAAUGUUUCAGACACCACGCCGCAGGAAAGGUUACAUAAAAGGCCGGCCAACUAUUAUUAAAGGACAGAAACCUGAACGAAGAACUACGUAACAGACAUUUAUUAUCUAAUUCAUAACAGUUUUCAAAUACAACUUUUGUAAUAAAAAAAAUUACCGUCCCUUGGGUCUACCACAAACUAUACCUCAAACAAAAAUUUGAUAUCAUUACAAAUUGAAUCAAUUGAAGUAUAGAAUUAAAAAGAAUUUUCAACAUUUUAAACAAUUGGAAAAAUUGUUUGAUAAACAUAAUGUAAAAAGAAAGGGAUCACAUCUUUAAUUUUGUUCAUCAAACUAUGUUCAUUUCUUGUUGGAUUUCAAGAAUUAUUAAAUAUUGUUUACAUAUAAUUGUCCUACAUAUCAUUUACGAAAGAUACGACAUAAUUUCUCUUUUACUAUAGUACAUAACACAUUUAAUUUUGUAAAAAUAUUCUACAAUGAAUUCACAUUAUUUAUGAUUUCAGCGAAUUAUAUCUUUAUGCAUUUAAGCUUUUCUGUACUUAAGUAUUCUCUAGUUUUCUUUAUCAACCACUAUCACCAUACAUGAUUCACGAGAUCAUACAAUUAUACUUUAAAUUCUUUUAUUAAAACAAAAUUUAUAGUUAAUGUAUAAACUUUUAUUAUAUCUGUGUAAUACAUAUUAAAUUUCAAAUGAAAUUCACUAGUCAAGAUCAGAGGGAUUGAAAAUGUGUUAUGUAUACACAGUUUAUUGUAUAGUACCUUGUUGAACAUUUAUAAUAAGAGUUUUGUCAUUUAAGAAUAUUGGAGGCAUUACUCAAAAUUUUAUUCUUCUUUUUCAUGUAAAGACCUGAAUGUGUAAAAAACAAAUUUUAUAUAAUAGUAAUAUCUUUUCUCAUCUUAUGAUGCUUAAUUACUCACUGUUCUUAUGCUUUUUCAAAAUUGAUAUAUUUUGUGUUUCCUCCUUUUAUCUUUAUUGUAUGCAUAUUCUAUAUUGAUUCUACGAAAUUUGUUUUUUACUAAAGACAUAUAUAUUACACAAACACAGUUUCUAAUUUUACUGAAUGUAUGUGUUCGUACAGUUACAAAAUUAUAGCUGAAACAAUGUUAAAUGCACAGAGUAGUUGUGUACAUGGUCAUUGUGUAUAUUUAAAUAUAAAAAGAAUAAGGGAAAGAUAUAAUUAAAAGAAAGUU